GUCACGUUGCUUAUCGGUUGCUAUGGUGAUUUUGCAAGAUGGCGGAAACUUGGUGCUACGCAGAAGGUGACAAAAAUUCGUCCGAGAAGAUUGCACACCUUGUUAAUUACACCAUGGACCCAAGUAAAUCUACAUCAGUACAUAAAGAUGUAGAGCUGGACAUUGAUUUGGGAACUUUACUUGCAUCCGAUUAUAAUACCUUGGAUAUGAAAACUCUCAAAUCGAAAUCAGAUUCAUACUUAAAAAGUUUGACAAGAGACAAUGUGCAGUUACUGAUUAAUAAAAUCUGGGAGCUGCCGGUAGAACGGACAAAUGAUGUUAUAAUGGCUACAUUGCCCAAACCUGAAUAUAUAUUGCCACGCUCACGUGUUAUUCCAAAACCCAAACCUUUGACAAAGUGGCAACAAUUCGCCAAACAGAAGGGAAUACAGGUCAAGAAUAAGGGUAAAACCAAACUGAAAUGGGACGAAGAAUUAAAAGAAUGGAUACCUAGAUAUGGUUAUAAACGAGCAGAUGCUCUGAAACAGAAGAAAUGGUUGAUAGAAGCCAAAAAUGAUGAUGAUCCAACCAAUGAUCCAUUUUCUGUAGCUAAAAUAGCUAAAAAAGAAAGACAGUCCAAAAAUGAAUUUCAAAGGCUUCGCAAUAUAGCCAAAUCAAAAAAUAUAAAACUGCCAAGAGUUGGUCUACCCACUAGAGACCACUUUCAAAAUUCUCAACAGCUUUCUGAAGCUCUAACUAUAGCACGUACAUCUACCGCAUCUGUUGGGAAAUUCCAGACUAAGCUACCAAAAGAGAAGGACGCAAAAGGAAUUGCCAAAGAAGUAUCUGGAAUGAAAAGGAAGAGAAAAGCACCUCCAUUAAAUAUUGUUGAGGAAAAAUUUCAAAAUAAAAACUUAGUGGAUAGCAUAUUAGAAAAGAAAACAAAAGUUCUCCAUGAAAAUUAUUCAGCUUAUAGGAUAAAACAAACUGCAAGUAAGAACAAAAAGAAGAAAGAUUCACUCAAACGAAGCAAAGGAACUAAAAAACCAAAAGCAGGAAAAGGCAAACGGGACUUACACAAAAAAGUUGGUGGUAGAAAACGAAGAUAAAUUGAAAUAUUUGUAAUGUCUAAUGAUAUAAAUUAAAUUUUAUUAAUAAAAACUAUUAAUAAAGUCAAUAAAAUUAUGUUAAAAAU